AAUUCCCUUGGGACAAGAUAAUGUUUUGGUCACAGAAUCAGGAAUAUCUGCUGAGAGGGGUUUUCCAUUGAUAAACCCCAACCUGCUUCAUCUCCCAAUCUUCUUGUAUACCUGGUAAGUAAUCAUCUUCUUCAUCCAUUGUAUACGUCUUACCGUUUUCUCUCUCUAGCUUCACUUGUGUGUAUACGAAUUGCCUCUCUCUCCAGUAUUCCUAUAAAGAGACUGAUUAUGAUUGAGCAAUACUUGCUGGGAUUAUAUUCCUAGGGUUUCUCUGCUUUGCGUAUAGCUAUUGGUAUCUUUAUGCUUAAACUUCCUUAUUUUAUUUCUCUUCUGAAAGAAAGAGACUGAUUAUGGAGCCCAAACUGUUUCUGUCAACAUCACCAUCUAUUGCUACUAUACCCUUUUUCGGCUCAUUCAAAUCGACAUUCACUAAGAAACCGAAGCUUUCUUCAAAAACCCAUGUUUGUCUACCGUGGUAUGGAUCAUGGAACACAUCAUUUCUGGGUCAAAGUUUUAGUUCACAGGAAAAACAUUUUCCUUUUGGUAAUGUACCGAGAACCCGCGUUCCAUUUGGUCCGAUAAGAGCUGCUGUCAAGAGAAGAAAAGAGAUUCCUUUCGAUAGUGUGAUACAGAGGGAUAAGAAGCUUAAAUUGGUUAUGAAGAUCAGGAAAAUUCUGGUGAGUAACCCCGAUAGGAUAAUGGCGCUUCGUGACAUGGGUAGGUAUAGAAAGGCACUAGGUCUUCAGAAAAGGCGACGAUUUAUUGCCUUAUUGAGGAAGUAUCCGGCGAUUUUUGAGAUUGUGGAAGAAGGGGCUUACUCGCUCCAGUUCAAGUUGACACCCGAGGCGGAAAGGCUUUAUAUGGAGGAGUUGAGGAUUAGGAAUCAGAUGGAGGAUGUUUUGGUCGUUAAGUUGCGAAAGUUGUUGAUGAUGUCCUUGGAGAAGCGUAUUCUUGUCGAAAAGAUUUCCCAUUUGAUGUCUGAUUUCGGGCUUCCUCAAGAAUUCCGCGACACAAUUUGCCGCCGGUACCCACAAUAUUUUAAAGUUGUUAUGACUGGACGAGGCCAUGCUCUAGAGCUUACUCAUUGGGAUCCUGAACUUGCUGUUUCUGCGGCUGAGCUAGCCGAGGAGGAGAAUCGGUAUAGAGAGUUAGAUGCGAAAGAUCUGAUAAUAGAUAGACCACCGAAGUUUAAUAGAGUAAUGCUGCCCAAGGGCCUUAAUCUUUCCAGAGGCGAAAUGCGGAGGAUUGGUCAGUUUAGAGACAUGCCUUAUAUAUCGCCUUACUCUGAUUUUUCAGCAUUAAGGUCGGGUACGCUGGAGAAAGAAAAGCAUGCAUGUGGGGUGAUUCAUGAAAUAUUGAGCCUAACCAUCGAGAAGAAAACUCUGGUGGACCACCUCACUCAUUUUCGCGAAGAGUUUAGAUUCUCUCAGCAGCUGAGGGGGAUGUUGAUUAGGCAUCCUGAUAUGUUCUAUGUCUCCUUGAAAGGAGAGAGAGAUUCAGUCUUCCUUCGAGAAGCAUAUCAUGAUUCGCACUUGGUCGAGAAGGAUCGAUUGUUGCUUAAUAAGGAGAAGCUCCGUUCACUUGUUGCUGUUCCACGAUUUCCAAGAAGAGGUGUUCCCAGGACUGAUGGCGAUGGAGCAGAGGGAACUGAUGAGCCAGUCGAAGGAAGCAGGGAAGAGGGUGGAAAAGAAUGGUUUGAUAUUGAUGACAUGGUGGGCGAUGAAUUUGAUGAGGAGGAGGAGGAUGAUUAUGAUGACGGGGACGAUCUUGAUGAUGAGUAUGAUACUGAUGAUUUAGAAGGCGAUGACGAUGAGGUUCCCCCGGACUUUGAUGAAGAUGGUGGAAGUGUGAGAAUUGGAGUCAGCAAAUUACCUAAACAGGUAGAGAAUUUGAAGAAUGAAGAAAAGGUGCUUGCAUUUCCAGAUGGUCGGCCUAGAGAGCGCUGGUGAAAGUGGUAGGAAAUCAAUUUGUAUUUCUCUAGUUUUGGGUACGGAGGUGUAAAUGCAGUUAAAUUGUUGCAUUUGGAGUGUAUUAGAACAGGUGUUUUGUCCUCCUAGAAGCAAAAAUGCACUUCACCAUUUGGAGGGUUCUGCAUUUUUGUGCCAAUGUGAAUCGUGGAUCUUCUUCCUCAUAUUUAAGGCCCAGGAAACUGCUUGAGAAAGAGACUUUUGUCUGAAAUUAUGUUGUUUUGAUAUAAAUUUAAUUAUUUACUUGCCUUACCAUCAUGAUUUUAAA